AACGCCCAUUUAUACACAUUAGUGACACUCAUCUCAUAAAUUUUACAGCGCCUAACUCGUGGAAUUUCGUUACCACAAGCCAUCAAUAAGGACGGAAUCGAACUGGUAGGAAUUUGACGCUUCUCUGUUACACAAUGGAGGGACUGCUCCCUGACGAUUUGUAUCGAAAUCCCCACCGACUUUCCCUGCAUGGAAAGAUAAUCUUAUUUACCGCAAACGAGCCUCGGCGACAAAUGACGGCGAAAGAAGCGAGUUAGUAUUCUGCAGCCUUUCGUUUGAACGGGGAGACAGCGCGUUCCUGAAGGCAGCAGAUGGAGCAGCUGUCAUCAGCAGGAAAAGAUCAGCUCAUGUGGAUAUUGUAACAUGUAAAUGUGCCACAGAUGCUCAGAAGAGACACACACUGCAUGUGUUUUAGUGACAAAGAAAGAUGAGAAACCACAGAGCUUCCAGUAUAGCCUCAUCACACUGAGCAGCUCAAACAGACUGAGCCCUGGCAUUGAGUUUAAACUUUCAUAUCAGAUGAAGGAGAAUGUUUACAUCCUGCAGGGCCCCACAGUAUUGUGGACCCAUGAAGAUAGUGUAUUUUAUACAUCUCUGCAGGCAGGAGGUGUGAAGCAGAUUCCAUUCAGUUUUCCCCAUGUUGUUGCUGCAGAAUUUCCUCUCCACAAAGGACAGAUAUUUGUUCUUGGGCUGCAAAACGUGUCAGAGGAAUCCUUGGUUAACCAAUCUACAAGCCAAACUGUCGGCUACUUUGUUCAGGAUGGGCUAGCGUUUGAUGGCAGUCUGAUCUUACCUCAUCCCUACAUUUGCAUCACACAGUGCAUCUUUGUGCUCAAGGCUGACAGAGUGGAUGGUGCCCUGAAAUGCACUCUGGUUGCAGCAACAUCUAAACAGCAACUUGUUUAUUUUGAGAACGGAGCAGUAAAAGAAACGUGUCAACUACCCUUUGAGCAACCGGAAAAUAUUCAGGUUGUUGACACUGGAAGGAAUGGCUGCUUGUUCGUCAUAUCAUUUCACCAGGGGCAUGUUUGUGCUGUAUGGAAGGAAACCUUUCAGCCUCCCUCUGGUCAGGAGUCAGCUCAGUCCAUUCGGAUGACUUCUUGGGAUGUGGAACGGAGCAGAUGCUGCUGAUUUUUAAGGAUCAACAUGCAGAAGGACAGCAACUAGAAAAGUUUCUCAUCACUGACCUCUGUGGCCUUUCAUAUUCUCGUGACCAGGACACCGAAGCACCAAAGACAUCUCCUCCCCAGCAGAGAACUAUCUCCUCACUCUUCAGGCUUUAGAAUCCAGAUUGCAG